AUGGCAGACGCUAUGGACAUCGACGCGCCCGAUUCGACCCGCAAUGCAACGGCGACGUGUCCACCAGAUCCCGCGGCGCCAAUCGCGGACGAUUCGUCUCCGCAAACAGCGACGGGGCGCGAUCAACGAGAGCCACAGGAUGCGGACGACGCGGCAGAUAAAGGGUGUCCGGAGCGCGAGAGCUCGAGCCGCAGCAGCGAAGAAGACCCGGUCGUGACGCUCACGCGACGCGGAGAGGAAGGGACGCAGCGAUUGGUCGAAGCCGCGGAAGGUGUGCUGUCCACGCUGAACCUCGUCAUGUGCAACGGCGCCUUCUGGGAAGCUUCUUCUGAAACUGCAGUCCCCAGCAGUGCAAGCUCUGAGCAGCAGCAGAGGCGAACCUCGGGAUUGCCGCCGGAUGCGGCAGCAGCAGCCAUAGAAAUGGCUCACCUUCGAUAUAAGAACAUCUCGUCAGAGCUCCGGUCGCUCCUGCUGAGGCUGCAGGAAGAGAUGGAGAAAGAGACAAAGCAGGCCGGCCGGCCAGCAAUUGACGGGGAAGGAACUAAAGGGGGAGAGACCCAGAGAUUGGGCGUUGAUUUUAACCCAGAGUCUGCUGCACCUGAUAGUGGAACGGCACCUGAUGGGGCACCUGAUUCAGCACCUGAGCCAUCUGCUGCAGCGCCAGGUGCAGCUGAGACGCUGUCUGUAGAGGAGUUGACCGCGCGAGCAGCGACACUGAGAAAGCAAAUCCGGAGGUGCAACGUGCGGCUGAGAGCAGCAAUGGAGGCGCUGAGGGGCAUUCUGGAUGACGUCACUCUCUUUCAGGCACCCCAACUGCUGCUGCUCUCACAACCCUGA